AUGCAAGUUGGACAAUCUGUAAGUGGAAAAACAACGGAGGCAGAGACAGAUUUAGGUAUAUGUGAAGGAGGUGUUGAAGGCAAAAGAAAAGGUUUUUGUCCUAGAAAUUAUAAUAUGACAACAAAUGGAUUUUGCAUAAAAUUAUAUGUUACACCAAAAAAUCACGAAGAUGCUGAGAUGGUAUGUCAGGAAGAUGGAGGAUUUCUUAUCAAUAUUGACUCGGAUCUGAAGUACGCAGAUGUGAAAUCUAUUUUGAAUGGAUUUCGGCCUGCAGAUAUAAACAUCGGUGGCCGGCGUAAAGAUUCGGCUUCACAAUGGGAAUACAAAUAUGGCUCCGGCAGUGGAUACUUCAAAUGGCAUAGUAGCAGUUACCCGAGCAACAGCGAUUCUAACCAAUGUCUAGCACUGGAGAACUACCUCUGGUUUGAUUUAUCGUGUACGUCUAAGUAUCCAUUUCUCUGUGAAAUCCCAGUUUGA